CCCGGAGCCGCCGGGAACCUGCCUCGGGUCCUGCGGCGGGGCGCCCUGCAGCCGCGCUCCGGCAUUCCCGGCGGAGGGGCCGCCGCCUCCCAUGCGCCGGAGGCCGUGCGGCUGCCAGCCCUCUCGCCCCCCGCCGCACGGAGACCGCCUCGUCGCGGGGCCACCGGACGGGACGUGCGGCGCGGAGCGGAGCGGUGAGGCGAGGCCAGGCCCGGCCGCCCCCGCGGCGGCGGCGCCCUGAGGAGGGACCCCCGCGCCAGGAUUUGUGUGUGAUUGGCAUUGUGCUGCACCACAGUGAAGAAGUAUUUUUCAUUUCAAGACACCUUGCAUUAAAGGAUCAUGGUAGACAGUUUAAUAGUUUCUUUGAGACUUCUCAGUUCCCUAGCAGUGCUGGGAUUUCAGUUUGUCAUCCCACAGCCUUCAAUUGAACACAGAAAGGUUCCCCAGAGGAUAGAAGAGCAAAGAGAUGCAUCUGAGGAUAGCGGUGCCGGCAUCCCGGGCAUGUGGGGCAGCUGGGGGCCCUGGUCUGCCUGCUCGCGGAGCUGCAGUGGCGGUGUGAUGGAGCAGACGCGGCCCUGCCUCCCGGCCUAUUACCGUGACAGGGGCUACCGGUGGCCGGGGCAGCAGUACCCGGGCUCAGAGAGAGCUCUGGCCCACCAGAAUCCCCGCCACCGCGAGGACUCGCUGACUGCUUAUCCUGGCCAUGUCAUUUCUGCCAUCCGCACAUCUGUGCCGCUUCACAGGAAUGAAGAGCAGCUCUGGGCUGGCCUUCGGGCCUCCGCUUCCUCUGGAGGCCAUAACAACAGCCACCUGAGCAGGGGGGCACUGAGGGGCAGCAGGCAUUCUCAGUCCCAGAGGCAGCACGCCAAGCCAGAAAAAAGAAGCAGAAACAGAAAUUCUAUUGGUCCAGGAAAGUACGGAUAUGGAAAAGUGCCAUACAUUUUACCUUUACAAACUGAUACUGGUCAGCAGCCUCAGAAACUUCGCAGGCAGCGACAGUCAUCAAGGAACCACGUAUUUCAUCAGAGUCCAAGCCUCAUGAACGCUUACAGCCAGGCAGCUAGUCCUUCACUUCAACACGGGAAUCUUUAUCAAGAGGAAAGUGGGCCUCAGGCUGGACAUCAGGUCCUUGGACCCUCGGUUUAUCAGUCGUCUGCAUUUCCUGUAUCUCAAAGCCUGUUUCACAGCAGUGACUCAAACCAUCACGGGUCUGCAUCACACCAGGUGGUCCAGGGUCAGCCCCAGGCUCAGAGAGCUGCAGCAAUUGUGUGCAUUGGCACCUACAAGCAAUAUAAACUCUGCAACACAAAUAUGUGUCCUGAAAGCAGCAGAAAUAUUAGAGAGGUGCAAUGUGCAUCAUACAAUAACAAGCCAUUUAUGGGUCGAUUUUAUGAAUGGGAACCUUUUGCAGAAGUGAAGGGAAGUCAGAAGUGUGAGCUGAAUUGCCGUGCUAUAGGCUACCGCUUCUAUGUGAGACAAGCUGAAAAGGUGAUAGAUGGGACACCCUGUGACCAAAAUGGAACUUCAAUCUGUGUGGCAGGGCAGUGCAAGAGCAUUGGCUGUGACGACUAUCUGGGUUCAGACAAGGUGAUUGACAAGUGUGGAAUAUGUGGAGGGGACAACACUGCUUGCAAAGUUGUGUCUGGAGUUUUCAAACACACACUAACAAAUCUUGGCUACCACAAGAUAGUGGAAAUUCCUGAAGGAGCUACUAAAAUCAACAUUACUGAGAUGUCAAAGAGCAACAACUAUUUGGCACUGCGGAGUCGAUCAGGGCGGUCCAUCAUCAAUGGAAACUGGGCAAUUGAUCGACCUGGGAGAUACGAAGGUGGUGGGACAAUGUUCACUUAUAAACGCCCAAAUGAGAUCUCCAGCACUGCAGGAGAGUCGUUUUUGGCUGAUGGUCCAACAAAUGAAGUCCUUGAUGUCUAUAUGAUACAUCAGCAGCCUAACCCAGGUAUACAUUAUGAGUAUAUCAUUCCAGGAGACAAUGUCAUUAGUCCUCAGUUGCUUGCUCACAGGAGGCCAGGGGAGCCCUUGAAUGGUCAGUUAGGAAUGCCAGAAGGUACAAAUCAUGAAGAUGAGGAUUUGCAUAGGGAGGCAGACACUCUCACUGGACAGUCAGCUGGAACUUUUCCAGUUAUUCAGCCAGGAAGAUUUCCUUCUCAUCAGCCAGAAAACCAGGUGCCUGCUGUGCAACCACCAAGACAAAACCGAGAACACAACUGGAAACAGAUUGGAAAAACCGAGUGCACUACUACAUGUGGGAAAGGGUCACAGUACCCAGUUUUCCACUGCGUCAACAGAAUCACUCAUGAGGAGGUAUCUGAGAGUUACUGUGACAGCAGCACCAAGCCCAUUCCAGAAGAGGAGGCCUGCAACCUCUUCCCAUGUCCAGCUUUCUGGGAUAUAGGGGAGUGGUCUGAAUGCAGCAAAACAUGUGGCCUUGGUAUGCAGCACCGACAGAUCCUAUGUCGGCAAAUGUAUGCCAAUCGCACCUUGACAGUUCAGCAGUACCGCUGCCAGCACCUGGAGAAGCCGGAGACAACCAGCACUUGCCAGCUGAAGAUCUGCAGUGAAUGGCAGAUUAGGACAGAGUGGACUUCAUGCUCAGUGCCCUGUGGAGUGGGGCAGAGGACCCGAGAUGUGAAAUGUGUCAGCAACCUCGGAGACAUUGUUGAUGAUGAGGAAUGUAACAUGAAGCUGCGGCCAAAUGAUAUUGAGAACUGCGACAUGGGUCCCUGUGCAAAGAGCUGGUUCCUUACAGAGUGGAGUGACAGGUGUUCUGCAGAAUGUGGUGACGGGGUCCGUACCCGUUCAGUUGUCUGUAUGACCAACCACAUCAGCAGUUUGCCUCUGGAAGGCUGUGGCAACAACAGACCCUCUGAAACGACACCCUGCGAUAACGGACCCUGUGCUGGUAAAGUGGAGUGGUUUGCUGGGGGCUGGACACAGUGCUCUACUGAAUGUGGCAGUGGAACUCAACAGAGAGAAGUCAUUUGUGUUAGGAAAACUGAAGGUAAUUUUGAUGUGUUGAACCCAUAUGAAUGUUCAUAUUUGGAAAAACCUCCCAGCCAGCAGUCCUGCUACCUCAAACUGUGUGGAUCUAAGUGGUUUCAUACAGAAUGGAGCACAUGUUCCAAAUCCUGUGAAGGAGGAUUUCGGGUACGAGAGGUACGAUGUCUAUCAGAUGACAUGACAGCCAGUACUCAGUGUGAUCCACAGCUUAAACCUGAAGAAAAAGAACCAUGUAACACACAGGAUUGUAUCCCUGAAAUAGAUGAGAACUGCAAAGAUAAAUACUACAAUUGCAACGUGGUGGUCCAGGCCCGGCUCUGUGUCUACACCUAUUACAAAACAGCCUGUUGUGCAUCCUGUACACGUGUGGCAAACAGACAGUCAGGGUUUCUAGGGCGUAGAUAACAAACACUCUUCUCAAAGCGGCAAUGUCAGUCUUCAGAUGGAGCUUGAACAGUGUUACUGUUUCGACUACAGCAGGUUUUAGCUUCUUUAGAGAUGGUUUUUUAUAUCGCCGAAUACAUCGAGACUAUGGUUAAAUCUCACACCCUUUCAGUUACAGCUAUCGCGCAGUUAUCUUUUUUUAAAUGUUUGUUGUAAAACCGUGAUCUUUUUAAAGCAUUAAUUUUUAAUAAUACUAUUCUUUGCACCUGCUCAUCAGAUAAUUAUUUAAAGAACAUACCAGCCUUAGAAUUGUGAAUUUAAUGAAAACUAAAUCAACCACAGGCAAUUACUGGAAAUAUUUGACCAGUAUGGACGCAGCUGCUGCAGAGCAUUUGGUAUUUUGGACUGCCUUAAAUUAGAUUACUAAAUCGGUGAACGAUGCACAUGAGAAAAAUGACUUCACAAAGAACCAGACCCUUAAAAACCCAUUUAUCAUCAGUUUCUUAGCACUCUAACAUAUAUUUUUAAUUACUUCACUCCAUUCAUAGUAAAUUAAGAGUCACUGUUAAGCUCUCUCAGUUGUACUUUUAACUAACUUCCUGUCCUCAGGCAGCACAUAUAUAUACACUUGACUGCCAAGAAGUGCCUUUAUAUUUAAUUCAUAAACUCUUGAAGUUACACUUUUCUAAUUUUGUAUGGAUUUUAAAAUACAUUGCCUACCGGAGUGCCAUUAGUGUCUAGCCCUUUAAGUCUUCAACAACUGCAGCUGUCAGUGAGGCAGGUUUACCAGAAAGGUGAAGAGCCUUUGCUGGUAUAAAAACCAGGGAUUGUUUCCAUUGGCAAGGUCUUUUUCCUGUAGCGCAGUUACUUCAGUGAAGUGGUAUCUUGCUUAAUGUCUUGUCUCUGCACUAUUGCUUAACAACUACCGUACCAAAGGACUUUGUCCAGACAUAGUCUGGAUCUGUCACCAGUUUCUCAAACAACCACCAAAGGAUGCAGGCCUCGGUGCUUUCCAGUAGUCUGUUACUCUUGGAAUCAGGCAGCACUAUGAGUGUAGUAGAAGAGUAUACUCAUCUUUUAGAAGAGUAUACUCACCUUUUUUUUUUUUCUCUUUUUUUUCUAGUCCAUCCUGCAAAUCUGUUCAUCCACUUGCUUUUCAGCUACUCAAGAACGGCUCCAGACUUAGAGCUGAAUAUAGGUGGUGAUUUUUCAUUUCUGCAAUUACUGUAGUCAGCCUUGGGACUUGCUAAAAGCAAACAGGAUGUGCUGUGCAGUGCAGAUGAAAAUUUUUGCAUUAUCUGCCCAUUUUCUAGCCUUCAUCUGAGAUGUCUUUCAAAUAUGUAAAUAAGUCUGAGGGAAAAAAUAAACACCUCUGCUUAUUCAGCUGCUUAUUACAGCAUAUUGCUUGUAAAUUAGUGAUACCCAAUUAUGCAUCUAUUUCUAAGGUGCCUGUUGCCUGAGUUGAAAAACAAUUUUAAUAAUGUGUGUUCAGUCACUCCCAGUGAUGCGAUAUAACAGUGAUUAAGGUGUCCUGCUACUCAUGAAGAGCCGUGUUUGAGCCUCAUUGUGUAUUCUUGGUACUGCUUUGGUGGAGAGGAUGUAGAAGAGAGAAUGGAGCACUGGGAGGCAAAGGUUGCUGGGUGUGUUACUGGGCACAUCGGUUUGUGUGCUGGAAGCUACAGGAAAGUCGAACUCCGGUCGUCUAAAAGCUGCCUUGGAUUAACAGAAACCUUAGAUUUUUUAAUCAGGUUACUUGUGAAAAAUAUAUUUUGGACAUGAUGAACUGCUACUGUUUGGCUAAGUGAAAUGAAGAAGUGUUUCCCCUAAAAUUUGAAGUUACUGUUUGUGAUUAUAAACCAAUAAUGUCACCAGCUGUUUCUGUACACCUUAAUUUGGGCUUUUUCAGUGUAAUUAAUUGAUAUAAAGCUGUUAGAAACAGAAAUGCUAAUUAGAUUCAUGAACACAAGCAAAAGGUUUUCUUUCACAGUCCUAUUCCCUUGUAUUAUGAAGAUUUAUCCAUGAAGAUAACUUAUAGAUCUGUGAUCAUAUUAUAUUCCUUAUAUUCUUGACCAAAGAAUGAUAUGGAGAACGUGCAGCAUAAACAGCUAUGGAAUCCAGUAUUUGUAAAUACAGAUUUUCAUCUGAAUAUCUCAUUGCAGCAAGUCUUGACACACAGUAUAUAACUUUGCUGUUGCCUCUUUUGUCCCAAGGAAGUCUAUCCUGUCAGCUUGAGGGAAGUACCUGUUCCAUAAAAAGGCUUUCUGAAAACCACAAGGCAAAUGGAGUGCAGAGAGGUAAUCAGGUUUGCAGUCAGUUCAUAGAAAAUAAUCUGCUUGCACACGCUCCGGACUGUGAGACAGUCAGUGACUCAGCACAUAGAUAGGCCAUCCUUUUAUAAAAUAUAUUACUUUGCUCUGGAAUAUAUGGCCAUUGGGUUAUUUUAUAAAGAUUAUCAUCUUCUGGGCCAUUAAGGUGCCACUAAAGUAAACAAGAGUACAUGGGAGCUAAAAUAUCAAAGAAUAAAUACAUACAUGUAGCAAUAUAACCCUAUAUUAUGCCUAAUGUAUACAGCUUUGUGAAUUGAAUGCAGUGAGUUACGGUUAUACAAAUAGUACUUUUUUUUUUUUUUUUUUUAGUAAAGGGACAGUUUUCAGAUGUACCAGAUAAAACAAAAAAGAUUGUUUCACCUAAUUAAACAUCUAAUGGUAAGGAAGCUGCCAGAAUGAAUGAUAAGGAAGCUGCCAGAAUGUUGCUGAACUUGAGUGUAAUCAUUUGUUAUCUCUUCUCAUGUGUCAGCGUAAUCAUAAUAGCUGUUCCUGCAAAAUGAACUAAUGCACCCUUCUUUUCAGCACUUUGAUAUACUAAUAUCCACACAGAAUAAGUUCUAUGCUACGAUUUCACCAUCACACAAAGUGCGCUUUUGAAAUUGGGACAGUAGCAAAUGUUUGUUUUAACAGAGCAGUGCACCAGUUUAGGGUGGUGCCUGCAGAGGGCCUGAUUUUACUUUCACCGUAAAUCAGAGGUGGCCUUGCAGUAGCCUUAGAGCAGGUGUAAAACCAGUAUAAGUAAGAAGUGAUGCAGGCUUCAGAGUCUGAAUGCUUUAAUUUAUUUUCCUUUUAUUUUAAUAUUGGUCAAAAUCCUGCAGAAUGGUGGGAAAAAAUACUUCCUUGCCUUUAAGAUUUUCACCUUACACAAUCCAGACUACGUGUAGGAAGACUGCUGUAAAUUGUUGAUUUAAAGUCUAAGCAGUCUAACUACUUCUAGGGGUAAAACCCACAUGCAGCUUUCAUGUCUUGCAGACAUGCAGCUGGCCAAAAUCUGCUCCGUCCAGAGAAGGCUCUGUGUCUCAAAGCACUUUCCUUCUAGAACUGAGGGCUGCUGGCGCCGUUUGUCACGUUCUCCAGGGUCCAUCAGGGUUUGCUAGCUCCUGUGCAAUGUCAGAGCCAAGCGUGCGUCGGUAGAGUUGCUUGUGUCCGGUGGUUGCGUGCCAGGUUAGAGCAUUUACUAGCAGCACUGAAUUUGUGGAGUUCUCCCUUUCGCUUGCUAGCUGAGAAGACUGAGGAAGGUGGUGUGGAGGCACGAGGGUUGUUCCUGUGGGAAUGACACUGUGUCCGACGUGGCCAGUGAUGAGGAGGUGGUAUUUACUUUAACAUCUCUGACCUUCAGUCCCCCAGGGUUCUGAAUUAGGGAAGGGCUCGUUAGCAAGCAGUUGGGUGCUGGGGGGUGCGGUACAGGAGACAUGGGUGUUCUUGCAAGCCUGCUAGCUUUGAAGUCCAGCUGUAGUGCAUGCCCACGGACUCAAUGCAGGACUACCUUAGUAUCCCUGCACAGGGAACUCGUGUCUUCCUCUUUACAAACAUAAUACGUUUUCUUUUUUCCCCAAUACUUCAGCAAAUGGAGAACUUUCUGUAUGAACAAAGUAGUGUUUAACAUCAAUCUUGUUUGUUAGAUCUCACUCACAUGACAAUGUGGUGCAGUACAGAAUUUGACCCUUUUAUACACACACCCACCCCACCCCAAUGUGUUGCAGAGCUUGUUAAUGGCAUGUUAAUGCAAAGACAUAUUUUAGGUUUCUUGUUCGUAGACUUGAUAAAAGUGGUCAGUAUAGCCCUGAGUCAAGUGAGUACAUGCAGACCAUGUGGGGCAGCAGUAUUGCCAGGACCCUGCUACUUACUUUUCUUCUGUAGAGUCCUAGAAGGCGCCAGUGGUCACCACUGAGGGAAGAUGGAGGUAGGUGCUAGAAACAGCUUGUGGCUAGUAAAGGCCAAGUUAUGCCUUCCUGAAGGUGUGUAUAGAUCACUGUAAGUAGUAAAAUGUGCUUUCCAGGGCUUUGCUUUUUUUCAUCCUCAUCCUGACCUUUCCCUUUUACACCCACAAGUGUUCCCCUCAUCCUCUUAUCUCACCCCCAUCCCUUUGUCCUUUGGGCAGCAAUACUCAGUUUGGUCAGAAUUACUGAAAAUGCUGAACUGGCCAUUUGGUUGAUAAUAGCUGUGCUUAUUUCUAACACAGGUUCUUAAGAGAGCUGUAUUUCUGCCAGUCACAGUGGUGGGGGUGUGUGUGUGUGUGUGUCCCUGUUGGCUAGUUUUAAAUGCAUAGUAUUAAAGUACCUGCUGAAUUAACUCCUGUGCAAUGAACCUGUGCUUGCACAGCUAUUGAAGUAUGUAGUGGCCCUUCAUUCUCACAUCUAACAUCUACUGCAUAAAAAAAGAUAAUUAUUCUCUUCACACUCAAAAAGGAAAAAAAUCUGUCUACCUUAUUUUCUUGAGACACUUAACAUCUCUGACUUUUUAAAAGCUGUUCUGUGUUUUGGGCAGAUAAUUUAUAUGUGUGUCUGUAAAUGGAACACAAAAUGAGAUUUUGAACACUGAAAGUAAGCUUCCUCUAUUCCUAAACUUACGGGGAUGGGGGGGUGUUGGAUACAUGGGCUGUUGUUUAGAGAAUGGAGUAAAAUCAUUAUUUCUGUAUCAGAAAUGAAAAAUCAUCCACUCAGCAUUUUCAGUGUAUUUUAAAGCAAACUUGUCAUCAUUAAAUCUCAGUAGUGUGGGUGAAAUUCAGACCUGGUGAAAGGGAGAAAAUUCCGCUUAAGAGAACUCACACCAUACCCGAACUCAGCUCUUUGCUUCUCACCUUUUAGCAACCCGAAGUUCUUAAGAAUGCAAGUACCCAAUCUUCUAUAUCCCCAUUUACUAUAAUGGGUUAUAGAUAACCACCACUAUAUCUGAAGAGGAGGGGAGCUUAAUUUUGAGAAAUCAUUGACCUUCCAGCAACAGUCUGUCACUGCUGCUUGCUCUGAACUGUUCUGUCCGUGCCGUGUUUGGGUCUCUUGAGACCAGUGGCCUUGGCAGAGGUUGGGUACAUAUGAGCUUGCGAAGUCCCAUCGUAGUCACUCAGGAUCUAUGUAGAGGAUCAGGAAGGACCGGAGACAAAAGAAAACCCUAACGUUUUUUAAUGUGUAUAAAAUUGUCUACUUGACCCUCAUAAUUGAUUUUGGCAGAAGGAUAUACUUUAUUAUAACUUAUUUUGUUGUUAUUUGUAAAUACAAGAUGUCUAUGGGAAAUAUGUAAUUCUGAGCUGUGUCUAUGGAACAAGCCACUGCACCAAAAUAUUUCAAAUAUUUAGAAUAAGCAGAUUUUUUAUUAAAAGGGACCUAAUAUGUAUUUAUUUACAUAUACCAUUCAAAUUUUGUCCAGCUCUUUCAUUAUACUAACCCAACUUUUUAGGGAAUUUUAUAACACAGGUAUUACAUAUAUAUUUUUUAUAUAUAUGUCAUACUGUAAAUCCAUAAUACAAUUUUCUAAACUUUCUGAUUAGCCAGUUCCUUGAGUGAAUUAAAGGGGGAGAGUAUAGGCAGAUUGCUUUCUGACUCGUUCAGGAAUAUGUAUCCAUGGCAAUGCACCUGAACCAGAACUGUACAGCAUCCUUUUCAUAUUGUAUACAUUUCCUCUUUGAUGAAAAAAUGUUAACUAUUUUUGUUUAUGACUAAUUUAUUUUUUAUUAUUGUGAAAAAUAAAGUAAUUCAAGAUUAA